AUGGUCCAAAACAAAACAAUAACCUUCACCAAGAACCCCGACAAGUUCCCCAUCCUCGGCACCCACCUCUCCAUCACUUCCGACUCCAUCGACCUCUCCAUCGACCCGCCAGAUGACGGUCUCUUGCUCAAAAACUACUACAUAUCCCUCGACCCCUUCAUGCGCAUGCGCAUGGACAAGCCCAUCAGCAAACCCUACGUAAUUCCCUUCAAACUCGACGAACCAAUCCACGGCGGCGGCAUCGCCAAAGUGCUCAAAUCCCAAAACGCAAAGUUCAGCACCGGCGAUAUCGUCUGCUUCUUCAACGACCGCGGGCUGCCGUUCCAAGAGUACACGGUCUGCGAUGCCGCGUUGACUGAGAUCCCGUUUGAAGUGCAUAAUCCGUAUGACAUUGAUGUAAAGCAUUUCAUCGGGAAGCCGAAGGCGGGCGAGACGAUUUUGGUGUCGGCGGCUAGUGGGGCUGUUGGGCAGCUGGUUGGGCAGCUGGCGAAGAAAGAGGGGACGGUGUUUACGGGGAUUGUGGGGAAUAAGGAGAAAUUGAGGUAUGUAGUUGAGGAGUUGGGGUUUGAUGCGGCGAUUAAUUAUAAGGCGGAAGAGUCUAUUGGGGAGGCUUUGAAGAGGAUCGCACCUCAGGGGAUUGAUGUGUAUUUUGAUAAUGUGGGGGGUGAGAUUUUGGAGGCGGUGAUUGAGAAUAUGAAUUGGUUUGGGCGGAUUGUUGCUUGCGGUACGGUCUCCAGCUACAACCAGAAAAGGGAAGAUAAGUACGGCAUCAAGAACCACAUAGAAAUCUGCACCCGCCGCAUCUCGAUGCAGGGGUUCAUCGCCAGUGACCCGAAUAUCCUCAAGCACUUUCCAGCACUGCAGGAGAACGUACAGAAAGGGAUAGCUGACGGGUCGAUCAAGUUCCGUCAGGAUGUGACGGUGGGUAUCGGUAAUGCGAUUGAUGGUCUGCUGGGCAUGCUGAAGGGGGAGAAACAGGGGAAGGCGAUAUUGCAGGUUGCAGAUUUGGAAACGGAGUGA